AUGGGGACUGAAGUAAAUGUCCAGUUGGACCAAAGAGCCUAUUGUGAAAAAUGGCUAUCCAAAUUUGAAAUGCUAGAUUGUGUUGGUGCUAAGACUCCCAUUGAAAGUGGUCUGUUGUUAUGUAAAAGUAAAGACUGUCCCAGAGAUGUGGUGUAUCAACAAGGGAUUUGUGGAUUGGUGUACUUGUCGUUAUGUACUAGACCUGAUACUGUUUAUGCCAUGAAUUAUUUGAGUCAAUUCAAUGAUAGUUAUGGUAAGGAGCACUGGCAUGCUGUUCUAAGGAUUUUCAGAUAUCUGAAAGGAACUAUGGAGUUUGGAAUUAAUCAUUCGAAAUCUGAAAAUGAUGUGACAGGUUUUUGUGAUGCAUCUUUUGCAAAUGACUUGGAAGGGAGAAAGUCAGUGUCAGGAUAUGUUUUUAAACUCUCCAAUGGUCCCAUUAGUUGGAAGAGUUGA